UCAAGGACCAUUAUCGGAACCCGCCCAAGACAACUGUCGCGGUACCACAUUGUACAAUGUGCUUACCAACUGCUGCUCCUCGAAGCUUACCUGGUUGCCCAACCAGAAACUACAAUAAAUCCAGGAAGAAAAAUGCAUCUUCACAUGAAAAAGAAAAACUCAAAGUUGAUAAUCAAUCAUACAACCCUUCACUACCUUCAGAUUAUAAUCCUAUCAUCUCUAAAAACGGUGAUCUUCAAGUCAAAUCAGAGAAUAAUUCAAAGGGAAAGCAAACUUAUGAGCGUCGUGAGAAGUCGCGUAUUGCAGCUAGGCAGAGAAGACAUCGUGAAAAUCAGGCGCUAGUCGAAUUGUACUUAACACUACCGAUCCAACAAAAUCUGGCUGCCGAUGUGCUCAAGAAUAAGUGUCACAAGGUUGGACAAUUGGGAGAAGAUAACCCUGGGCAAAUAUUAAACGGUCUAACAGAAUCUGGUUCAUUAUUAAAUACCAUUGGAGAGCUUGAUUUCGCCCCGACUUAUCGUCUUGCUACAACUAUAUUUAGACAACACAGCUUGUCCACACCAGUGCUAGAAAAAGCUGUUAUUGUGCGCAUAGCCAGCAAUUCCUUAUGUUUGUAUAACUGGCUUUAUCCUUCGUCUGAACCGGAUUCAAAUAUCAAGCCACAAGAUAAAUUACCAUUAGUAGGCUAUCACCCAACCGAAUCGGAUUCGUCAUCAUCAUCUGUUACUUGUACGGAGAUGUCAGAUUGUUGCGAUAAUACCACUGCUACUACUAAUACUACUACUAGCAGUGGUGGUACCGUUGUUGGUAUACAUAUUCCUCUAACUACUAGUAGCACUCCUGUUUUUCCAAAAUCAGUAUUGAGUGUACACUCAAAAUGUCUGGUUGCUAUAAUUGUUGAUGCUACGCAUAAUAUCAUUAUUUAUGCUCCACCAGCAUACACUGAACUAAUUGGUUUAUCGUGGGUCACUACAAUCGGUUUAAAAUUGAGCGAAUUAAUUUCUCGGCAAGUAUCAAUAGGGGUUUCAUCAGAAUUAAGGAGUCAUAACUGUUGCCAUUAUCUUCGCAAUUUGCAGUAUGGUAAAUACAGUUCUGUUGAAAAUAUGAUCACAAAUCCUAAACAAAAGUCAGUACAAUCUGAACUUGGUGAUAUGGAAUAUGUUGAAUAUGACCCAAUAGCAAUAUCUAACCACACACUCAAAUCAACACAGAUUCAUCAACAAUUUGAACAACCUUUGUCGUGUGAAAUGAUUUGGCCAUCAUCCUGUGGGAUAACCGAUCGCCCAUUGUGUCUCAGUUCUGUUUUACCGAAACCAACAUCAGUGUCUUCAUCACAUAUAGAAUGCUCAGGACACUCGAACGAUGAAAUAAAUCCAGGAGGUGUACAAAGUUUUCAAGAUCCUUCUAUUACAAAUACAUCAAUUUCUAAACACAUAGCGGAACAGUACGUAUUAUGUUGGAAUAGUUCAGAUUUAUGUAUAAGAAAUAAAUUUUCAAAACAUGGAGAUUUCACUCUAGAUAUCGGCUGUGGUUCGUCGUCGUCAUCAUCAUCAUCAUCCCCAUCACCGUUUUCAAAUAAUCAUAUAAAUUGCCAGCAAACCAAUAACCUUCCUUUUAAUCCGAAUCAUAACAUCAACAAUAGAACUGAUAUUGGAUAUUGUAAUGCAACUGAAAUAUUGUUACACAAUAACAAUGAUUCAAAUAAUAAUUCUAGUAAUAAUAGUUGCGGUAGUGAAGCUGAUUCUUCAUUUAAACCAAAUCGAGCAAAUGAUGUAAAUCUUCGUAUAUAUUUAUUACAACCUAUUCAUUUAUCAAAUAUUAACAAUAAUAUGCAUAAUUAUGUCAAUAAAGAAAAUCAUGAAUCAUGUUUUACUGAUGAUAACCAUAUUAUUAAUUGUAGUAAUAUCCAUAAUAAUUCAGAUCGUAAUAAUAAAAAUACUAUGAAUGGUAAUAAUAUUAAUUAUAAUAAAAACAAGAAUAACGAUUAUGAUUUCACUAGGAAUUCAUCAUUUUCAAUAAUUGAUGAAAACAGAAGUAAUAUUGUACAGAAAAGUAAUACAUUGGUAAAAUUUAUCAAUAAAAAUAAUAAUUCAUGUUGCACAGGCUUAUCAAAUUCAUGUAAAACAUGUCAUUCAACUAAAAAUCUACAAUUUAUAGAUAUUGCUAAUGAUUUCUUAACCCAGUCGGGUUAUACAAAAGUCGACCUUUUAAAUAAAUGUUUAUUCGAUCUGAUACAUAUCGAUGAUUUGGCGCAUAUAUCUGAAGCUAUAAAUAUAGUCAAUGAAAAUCAACCGGUAGUCACUUCAUUUUAUCGAUUACGAUUAAAAUGUGGGAAAUAUUGUUGGGCUCGUAUGUUAAUUUUUUAUUGUAAACAAUCUUAUUAUCGUUUGUCAAACUCACCGUCAAUAUUUACAAAUAAUCGAUCAAAUAAUUAUCAAUAUCCAAUCAAUGAAAUAUCAGAUUAUUAUAUGAAUUUUAAUGAAAAUUGUAUGACAAAAAUGGACAAAAAUUUUUCAUCAUCUCAAUUAAGAAACUUUGAUGAAUUGAAUUCUUUUGAUAAAUGUACAUCUUCAGAAAUAUUGAUCUGUUGUCAUCAAUUAUCGCAUUUCUAUCAUUGCAGUGAUUUAUCAGAAAGUUCAUUGACUAUUGAAAAAGAGACAUCCAAUCGUCUCAAUGUUGUCAAGCAACCUCAAUCCGAACUAAUUAACUAUGAACAUUUACAUGGAUAUAAUGAUUCUACGUCUGAUUCAUCAAUAUAUACAUCUCAACUAUUAAAAACAACACUAACUGGUCAACAAGACCUCGUGACAAAGCCUGAUAAUAACAGUAAUCAUAUGAAAUGCGAGUAUGGAACUACUAAUUUUGUAUCCGAUUCAUAUGAAUCACAAUACAUCUCGGUUCCAGCAUCAUCUUAUGUUCAAAGCUAUCCUAUAUUCCCGUCAGGUGAACCAAAUCAAUUGGAUGCAUUGAUUCCAUCAUCUUCACCAUCUAAUGCAAAAGAAAUAUCGUCUGGACUAACAUUUAAUUCAUCCAUUUCUUUAUCUCCCUCUAAACAUUUUCAAAGUUAUGCUACUACAUCAAGAGAAAAGGACAUACGUAUUACAAAUGAUCAAGAAGUUUUCACUUUAAGUACAAUCGGACUAAAAACGAAAUCAGAUGAACAUCAUUUGUUCGAUCAUUCUGAACAUUCUGUUGUCGCUAAUCUUAAUAAUACUAGUUCUGAUUCAAUGAAGAAAAAUAUUACAAAUUCAUCUUGUUCCACGACUAAAUUGUGUACCCAUAGUUCGUCUUUACUUCAAGAUGUAAUUUAUAAUAAGUUUGGUAAUUCAUGUUCAACAAAUACAACUGAUUCUAGAAUGAAUCCUGUAGUUAGUUGUAAUGUGGGAUCACAGUCAACAAGUCAAGCAUUCAAACAAAUUUUACCCAAUAAACUGUUCAGUUCUUCUGAACAAUGUGAAUAUCAGAGGGAUCCACCUAACCACAAUCUACUCAAUAAUAUAAAAAUGUCUGAAUUUUCAGAUCACAGUCAUUAUCAUCCGUACGCAAAUUGUCAUGGCCGCUGUUUCAAUAACUCAAAUUCACAUCGUUUUGUCCAAAAGCCACAUAUCGAAUCAAGUAAUACUUCCGUGAAUAUUUUUGAUUAUUCGGCAAAGGGUCACAGGCCAACAUUUCUUCCACAGGCUCAUAUUUGUCCAGUAAUUAAUGAUGUUGUCCAUACAGAAUUCGACGAUGUGUAUCUUAUUCCUCAUAAAAAGCCUCGUUUAUAUCCACCAAUUAACAAUAAAGAUACAAAUGAAUUCAAUCCGAUCUCUAAUGAUCUCAGUGAUUCUAAUGAACCAUUCAAUCAUAUGAUAAAUGGAUUACAAUUCAAAAAUUUCAUAAAUAAUCGUUAUUUUUCUACAGUUAAUAAUGACCAAUAUCACUUCUAUAAACAUGUAUAUGAUUAUACGGAUAAUCAUAUUGAUAACGAUAAUUAUGAUGAGGAUGAUGAUGAUGAUUUCAUGGAUUACGGUAAAAAUUAUAUGUUUCAAAAUUCUAAUAGAUUUCAAUGUUACAACAAUUAUGAAUUAUUAAGUCUUGAUCCACAAUAUUAUCAUCAAAAUAGUCAAUAUUAUCUUGAUUAUCAACAACAACAACAGCAACAGUCUCAACCGUUAUUAUUACAUCAUCACCAUCAACAGUCGUAUACAUUUGACAAUUUCACUAAUAAUAGUGCAUUGAUCUAUUGAACCAAAUCGAAAAAGCGUUGAUAAUGAUGAUUACUAUGUUAUCUACUAAAUGUGUUUGUAUGCUUGCUUGUAUCACUGUCUGUAUGUGUGCGUGUUACUAUUAAGUACCGUUGGCACUUUUAUUUGGUUAUUCUCAUUCUUCUUACUGUUUUUGUUUCUGGUUUUGUCUUUCAUGCUUUCUUUCUUUGACUUAUUAUUUUGCAAACAGUUUUUUUUAUUAUAUUUUUGUUAGGAAACUUUAUUGCCUAGUCCCAUCCCACCUUGCAUACGCAUACACUUGUUUGUGUUUAUUAUCCAUUACUGAGAUUAUACAACGAUCAAUGUCAUUAUUUUAUCUUUUAUUUAUGUAUUGAUUGAGUUAGGAAAUCAUGAUUAUUUUAAUAGACUUAUUGUUUUAAUAAUUAUUUUGUUAGUUUUUUGGCCCCCUCUUCAUUCCCCCUGAAAUAUAUCAGAAAAUUAUUAUUGCUAUCAUUUUCUUUAUCUGUCAUUUGUGAUUGCUAUGACAUGUGUUUAUUGUUUGUGUUGAUUUCUUUCUUAUGUAUCACUGUUUUGUUUGUAUUUUUCUUAUCAUUCUAUUUUGUUUAUUUAUCUUGUUUUUUUAAUUUAAAAGAUAAACCAUUUUGUUUAAUUCCUAUGAUAUUUCUGGCCGAUACAAAAUAAAGCCAACGCAAUUUCGUUCAUGAUAAUAAUAAUAACAAUAAUCAUGAUACAAUGAAAUUUUUUUAAAAACUUUUGAUGCUCUCCUUAUCUUUCUUUUUUUCUUAUGUCAUCUCUUAUUUAAGCAAGAAAAGUUCAACAAUUAAGAUAAAUUUGUUUUGUAUUAUCGUUGUUAUUAGCGAACAAUGUCUAUGUGAAAUAGAAUUGUUAAAGGGGAUCAAAGUAGAAUCACACUGUAACG